AGAGAAAGAGUGAAGCAAAACCCGGCUGCUGUUGUUCUCCUCUGAUGAACAGCCUUAGAUUGGGUUACUGUGAAUUGUCCUGAACAGAGAAUGCUUGUAUUUCCGGCCAAUGCACUGGUCCCUUCUGAAAGGCACAUAUUGUACAUGUAUGCUGCUGGUCUUUGUAUAUACAUACCCCACACACUUAGAAAUGUUGGAGCACGUGUCUUGUGACUCACACACCCACUCUCUGGGGCCAGGAAGUGGCAAGAAGAGGAAAUGAUUGGUGCGGCCUUUCGUUCCCUUCCAGAUGCUCGGCAUGCCACACUCCAAGGGCUGUGAAGCAGCCGCCAUGAAGUUCAUUUUUUUUGUCCUACUCGCCUUCCCAUGUUUCACAGAUCCCGUGGUUGGCCAAGAUUCAGAAAGUUCAACUUCGAUUGUUCAGAAGGAAGAAGAUUCCGAAGGAUUUCAAACCACAACAGAAUCUUUUGUCAGUACUGUCGGGGUGUUAACAAAUGAAAUUCACAGUCCAGAAAAUAUAACCUCUCUGGAAGAGAAUGUAUCAGCAAGCGAAGUGACAACAGUGACAACACCAGCUGAAGUGACAGCGGCUCUCAGCACAAGCAUUGUGCAAUUCAAGAACAAGCCAGAAGAUUCCACACCUCAACUACCGCCUGUUGACCCAAAAAAAAAAUCAGAUGCUCUGUUGAAAGAAUAUCAUGAUAUUUUUGUUUAUGAUUAUUGGUCCUUGCGCAAGUGGGGUUUAGUAGCUGCUGCCAUCCUUUUCAUCUUGGGCAUUCUCAUUCUUACCUGUGGCAAAAAUGGGAAAUUUCCACGAUGCCGAGGGAAAAAGCAGGCAAGAACAUACGAUGUGUCUCGGGCUUGAAUCCUCUUUGCCAGAAGCCUCUGAAGACUGCACUGGGAAUGCUUUGGCACCACCAGGGGGCAUCCUUAUGGUGAAAAAAAAUGUUUGGUGUUCUCCCAGAACCAUCUUUCUUCUAUCUGACCUUUCCAUUUGUGCUUAUUAUGAUCCUGCAACACAAGUCCAUUUGUAUUGCCCUCUCCCUAAAUUAUCUUUUUGUUACAUUGAACUAGUUCCUUGGCACAAUCACAAGGCCUGGAAAUCCAUUGUUCCUUUCUUUGCCUGCCUGAGGUCAGGGCAAUGUGUAUAGUGACUAUUGUUCUUAGUUGCUUAGCAAAACUUGUCUAUCCAAAUUCUCUGCCAAGAAAUCUCAAGUUCUGUUCUCUCAAUAAAUUUUUGGCGUGGUUUGUUGCUUCUAAA